GCACAAUACAAACAAGUCAUUUGGGGAGGCCCAGCUGUUCCUCACAGAUGUGGAGUUUGGGUGACUGCAACAUUAGAUGGCCAUCAAGACCAAAGUCCCUAAGAAGGAGAGGAACACCUUUGUGAUGUUCACCAAAGGGACGGGUCCCUGUAAAAAUCUCAACAGCUGCCUGAGGAUGGCCUGGGCGGAGCUGAGAAUAGGCGGCAAUGUCAGCUUCACCCUUAUUCGGACGGCACUUGCACACUACGCAAAAAAGACCACGGACGUCACUGCCAGGAAGAGGGUGGCAGACUUUAUGUGCCACGAUGUCACCACGGCGGACUGCUUCUACGCCAGGUGCCCCGAUGUCAAGGAGGCUAUGGCGAUUCGGAGUCUCAUCCGAGACAGCCUCAGGACGGAGGAGAGGGCCGGACCAUCUACUGCCGUGGUGGCAUCAUUUACUCCCCUGGGAGGAGGGACCUGUGUGGAGGAGAUAAACAUGACGUCUGUCAGAGAGUGCCCAGUGUGCCUGAAUGAAUAUUCCCAGCUGGGAAAGCACCUCCGGCAGACCCACAGGGUCAAAAAUGAGACGGAGCGAAAGAUCCUCCUCAAGCUGGGCUCUGGGAGGACAGAUGUCAGGACCGAACCAUGCGGUGUUGGCGGCUGUCAGUACCAGGGGUCCCGGCUUGACCGCCACAUAAGAGACAUCCACUCCGAGAUGACUGUGGAAGCGAGAGAGGAGAUGAUGAAGACGACCAAGUAG